AUGGCUGCUCGCAAUGCUACAAAUACAAAAGCGGCACCCGUUAAUCCUCUAAAACUCGAUAAUGACGAAGAAAAGGAAAUAUUCCAAAUGGGUGAGGAAAGACGUAAAACCCGUAAACGUCUGCAUGAAACGUCAAUAUUCAAAAUUAAACCCACCGAAGAGGAACAUACACUCAUGUACGAACUCUUUCAAGAUACCACCGAUAAUUCGCAUUUACAAUUGAAUAAUAGAUUUUUACCACAAAAUAGUCGUUGGAUGAAUGAUUCGUUUAUUGUUAAUACAUUUCUUUGCUUUCCCGAAAAUCGUAAUGCUCAAAAUACCGUAUUCGGUGGCUUUCUAAUGCGUCAAUCUUAUGAAAUAAGUUGGAUGAGGGCAUAUCUUUACUGUGGUCAACGUCCGUCUUGUGAACGUUGUUGUGAUAUCAGUUUUGAACGGCCGGUACAAAUGGGUUCGAUUAUUAAAAUGAUUGCUUAUAUUGUUUAUACAGAAGAUAAAUUUAUGCAAAUUAUGACGGUAGCGGAGAUUUUAGAUCCUAGCGGUAAAGGUCCAGUGACCACAAAUAUAUUUUAUUAUACAUUUUCAUGUGUCGAUAAAAUUAUUGAGGUUUUACCGAAAUCCUAUCACGAGACUAUGUGGUAUAUACAUGGUAGACGCAAAUUUUAUUAUGCAAUGGAUAAGGGGAAAUAA